AUAAUUUUCAAGGACUUAGCCACGAAACCAAAGUGUGCGGGUUGUUUUAAUGUUAACGCUGUUUCCAUAAUGAAGAUUAGUAGUCUUUCAUAGUUGUUUGAUACUACUUUUAACAAGAAAAGCAAAACACAAGUUGAAAUUACUUAUAUUUGGUGUUUUAUUCUAAUGGUGGAUAAUUGUACACAGAUACACAUUGGAAUAUUUUUAUGACAUCAUAAGCAACAGAAAUGCAUUCAUCCCCAGGUCGUGGAGGUCCUCACAACAAAUCAAUGGUCGGAUCUCAACAUUCGGUGGAUUCUUAUGGAAAUAAAAAAGCAUCGUCUACACAUUCUAACAAUAAUUAUAAAAGCUCAUUUGAACGAUCCAAUCAUUCAUCAGGAAAUCAAUCUGUACCACCAUCCUAUUCAGACAUGAAUUCUAUGCCUAACCAACAACACAACAACAACAACAACCAUCAUCCCAAUACCGUUAUUCUGAUUCAUAUAACAAUAAUAAUAGUAAUAGUAGUAGUAAUAAUAAUACUUUACAUCGUCAAACAAAUUCCAAUCCCAACUCAUCAAAUGCCAAUUACUCAGAUUCAGUUAAUUCUUCAGGCUACACAAAUUCUGAAUACAGUGUGAAUAGUUCCGAGUUAUACACACCAACUAGCCAACUUCAACACCACCACCAACAACAACAGUCCUGUCUACACCGGUUACCCUGUGGCCUAUCUCAAUGUCCACAAUGCUAUCCAUAUCAGCAUCAUCAGUUAAUUGCUCAAUCUUGUUAUAAUCUGCCAAACAGCGCUGGUGGUGGUGGUAGUGCAGCCGCCUUACAACCACCUUUAGUAUUAUCACCAACUAUGCUGAAUAAUUAUUCAACGCCAACUGCUGCCGCCGCCGCCGCCGCAAUGUGUUGUCCAUCGACAGCAACUCAAAUACCCUAUUACUUUUGGUAUAAUAAUGAUCCCGACUAUUAUCAUCAUCAUCAACAACAAAAACAGUACUAUCCAGGCCAAUUAGGUCUGUCCAAGUUGAAUAUAGAUCCUGCAUGUUUGAAUCAAUGCAUGGUCAUUCCAUCGGAAUCAUCAGAUCUAAUGCUGCAGGCGGGCACAGUAUCAUCGAAUCCAUUGCGUCAAAGUGAAGCAGGUUAUUGUGUGGAUCCAAGCGUUUUAGCUUCAGUGUCAUUAGCUGACAAUGUCAAUGCACUAGUUCAUCCGUCUAAUUUAAUAAUGCCAGUAGCACGAUCUGUUGCUGUCAGUAGUACAGGGAACAACAACAAUACUACUACUACUCCUUCCAAGUCUACUGAUUCCUCAGUAGGUAAUAAUCAUCAAACCGAAUAUUCCAGUGCCUCCGCAGUAUCAUCGUCUUCAUCUCCACCAUCAUCAUCAUCAUUAUCAACAUCGUAUACCAACUGUAACACUAAUGCAUCACUAUGUCCACUAAAUGGAUAUACCCCAGUGCCAAUAGAUAGUGUAUACGACCCAAACAAUACUGCUGCCUGGUAUCCUGGCUAUUGGAAUUCACCAAAUCUCUGGAUGUCGUCUACACCACCAGCUGGUUAUCUACCACAAGCAGCAGUGGCAGCCGCAGCGGCAGCAGCAGGAUCAUAUACUCGACCAACUUUACCUAUGCCCUCAUUUUCACCGAAUUCACAAGCAGCAGGAUUCACUACUCCAGAGGAUCAACACUAUACACUAAUGCAUCAGCAGUAUGUAAAUCCAUUGCCUAAUGAUUUCACGGCUCCUCUCAGUCAUCAUCAGAUGACAACAGACAUGCUGACAAAUUAUAAUUUAAGUCAACAACUACAAUCACAACAGAUGGCAGCGGCGAUGACAAUGAUGAUGUCGAAUUGUGCCUCACCAUUAUCAUCAACAUCAUCAGUAUCAGCAGCGGCGGCGACAGGAACGUCCACCACCACCUCGACGACAACACCAACAGUCACUUGUGCCUCAUCAACUGUUACAAAUAAGCAUUCAUCAUUACCGUUGUAUUAUGCCAAUAUGAAAUCGAAUGAUGCGUUAACUGUCUUACAAAAUGCUCAAUACUGUGCUUAUCAUCCACCUGUGUAUUACAAUCCUAAUGUGUUGACCAGUGCUAGUACAAAUAUUUCAAAUACGUCAGCUAUUCAGCAUAGUAACAACAACAGUAGCGGUAGCAAUAACCAUACUAAUAAUAUUAUCAAUACCACAGCUAAUGCUAAUAACAAUAAUCAGCAUAUGCGUUUACUGUUAACUCUGCUGGCAGCUAAUUCACAAGGCAAUAAUGCGACGGCUAUUGCUACUCCAAAUCUUGUGCAUACAACACCAUAUCGAUAUAGUCCGGAUCGUAAUAGCCUGUUGUAUAAUCGUCAAAAGAUUUCACUGAAUCAUAGUAGUCAUUCAUCUUCGGGGACAAGUUUAAAUCGGUCAAUUGGAAAAAUGCUAUUCCCUGAAACUGAAUUGGCACGUUUAAAUUUGAAUGUUAACCCUACGCAUUUCGAUACAUCACUGGUGCAUAGAGCGCGUUAUUUCAUUAUUAAAUCAGAUUAUGCAUAUAAUGUCCAACAAUCAAUGAAAUAUGGUGUCUGGUGUUCAACACGUACUGGUAAUCAGUGUCUGGAUGAAGCCUUUCGAUCUGUACGUGGUUCCUCCGUGGCUACUAAUACUUCCACAACAACUACUACUACUACGACUACCGCUGCAACGUCAACAACACUCACGUCUACAACUAAUGGUAACAGUAGAGAAAGUAAUACCAGUGAUAGUGCCAGUGGAGGCGACGCCGGCAGUGGGACUAAUAAAGGUGAUGGUGAUAAUGCUGAUGAAUCGACUUUGAAGGGAUCUGAAGCCGAAAAACCUACCACCAUUAGUACUACUAUUGGUAAUACAAAUAAUAAUAAUGAUAAUAAUAGUGGUAAUAAGUCAGAUCCGACUAAUGAUGAUGAUCAGUUCACAGAGGAUUCAUCUGUUGUUUCUGGAGCUCUUGCCGCUGUCUCCAGUACUGCUCCUUCAAGUCCUACUGCUACCACUACAACUACCAGUACAGGUAACAAAGGGAAAUCGGAUGUGACUAAUACAUCGAAAACAAAAAGCAAUAACACCGAUUCUAAUAAAUCCCUGACGAUGACAACAACAACAAAUGACCAAACCACAUCAAAGUCUAAAAAGUCCUCGUCAACAGCAUCCAACUGUAAGAGCAAUGUUAACAACAACACCAGCAACACGACACAACAACACAAUGCAUCUACACCUGGACAUAUUAUUCUCUUCUUUUCAGUCCGUGAAUCUGGUUAUCUCAGUGGUGUAGCGGAAAUGGUUAGCCCAGUGAAUCCACAGAAACGUUCUACAAUUUGGCAAGAUUUACGAUUUAGAGGAGAAUUUGCUGUUCGAUGGUUGUACAUAAAAAACAUUCCAAAUCAUGUUAUUAAACAUAUCCUGAUUGAAUGUUAUGAUAAUCGUCCAGUGACAGUGUUACGUGAUACAAGUGAAAUUCUACCCGCAUCAAAAGGUGAAGAAUUAUUACGUAUUGUACAUGAAUAUGGUUUGCCGGCGACGAUGUCAACAACAACGACGACUACGAUGCUACCAUCAUUAUCAUCCUUAUCGUAUUCAGCGAGUGGGAAGUCCAACCAUCAUCACUAUUACCAGCACCAACACCACACCACGACCAACAACAACAACAGCAAUAAGACCAACAGUAACGCCAGUGUUAAUACCUCUGUGAAAACACAAUCUUCAAAUGAUAUGACGAAUCAUAACACUAGUAGUGGAAUUACUUCGAAUAGCAGUGACAAUAAUAAUGGUGAUAAUAGCAAUGAUAAUAAUAACAAUACUGUGAUCACUUCGUCAUCUACAAUCGCUAACAGUACUGCCUCUUCUACGAGUAGUGUCACUUUAUCGCCAGGUUCUACUGCCACGACAACUGCCACUCACACAACAACAACAACAGCAACGACUACUACUCCUACUAGUAAUAGUAGUAAUAUUGAUAGUGUUAGUGGUAAUAGCAGUACGAGUAGUACACAAGCAACUACAACUAGUAGUGUUGGUGUAGCGAACAAUAUGGAGUCACAUGACGAUGAUAAUAUCCGUACAUCGUCUCCAACAGUUGUACCAAUUCUAUCAAGUUGAUUAUUAUCAUUACUGUGAAAUUCCAGUGACCAGUGUACACAAACACACAUGCAUACAUACAAAAAUAGAGUCAAAGCUACUACCGUUACUGCUACUCCAUACACACACACACAGGCAGACAUUUACCUGUUUUCUACUGUUUUCGACCAACUUCAAUAUCUGUUCGUUGUGUGUAUCGAGUAUCCUAUUUUUUACUUCUACAAACCCAAUCACCCCUCACCCCCAACGCCUAUCAUCAAGAAUCCAACAUGUGUCUUACUAUACUACACACUUCAUAAAUUAUAUUUUCUCUACAGACAGUAAGAAAAAGCCUCGUCAGACGAAAACAAAACAAUAAAUUUUGGGAAUCAUAUUUGCAUAUGGAGUGCCUCGUGCAUCAUACGCCGUCAAAAGCAUUCUUUUCACGCGGGUGUGUAAAUGCCUACGUGUGUGUGUGCCUUCAUUUUGUACCUGUCGUCUCUCUCUCUCUCCUCACUUUCUACGUAACUGUAAUAAAGAAACCCUAAGGGAUUGUUUGUUUCACAUCUCAAUCACUACAAUCACUUCUUUUUCUCUGUCUAACAUGGAGUGGUGUGGCGUGGCGUGGUGUAGUCGACUGUAGUGUGAUAUGAUAUUUCAUCUUUGGUCUUUUUGUAUCUUUCUUUUCUCUGCUUAUUUCUCUUUCCUCGCGCUCUCUUUUUGUUGUUUUUAGUUUGGCUUUGGUUGAACUGAAUCAUCAAGCCCCCACGCCCCUCAAAAGAAAAGAAACAGUUUCAAAAUGUUUCGUGAUUUUGUUUUCAUUAUUAUUAUUAUUAUUAUUAUUAUUAUUAUUAUUCUGGUUCUUCCUUCUUGUCGAUACUGUUAUUCCACAGACUUUUAUUCUCCCUUCUAUAAGUGCCGGUCUGCGUAUUUCCGUGUGUGUAUGCGUGCGUGCGUGCGUGUGUGUGUGUGUAGUUACCUAAAAUGCCCUACCAUCAGUGAUCAACAUCAUCACUGUUGUUUUCCGACCAUCAUCAGUAUGCUCCUGUUUAUCAAGUUCGUAUACCAAGGAGUAUGCAGAAUAGUUACGAGCUUCUUUGGUAUUUACCAUAGAAAUAUUUUCCCAGUUGUGAAGAAGUCACAGGGCAAGG